GGUCCUGCCAACUGUAGUAUCUGUAAUACCAAUUUCUUUGUCAAUGUAAGUAUUGGGGCUGGUAAAUUGUGUCUGGAGUCAUGUGUGGGUGACACUUAUUUACCUGAUAAUCGCACUAGUGGUGAAUGCCUGCCUUGUUUUAAUGGUUGUGCUCUUGGCUAUGGCUGUGCUGGCCCUGGAAAGACAUUCAAUGACAGUAAUGGCUGUAUGGCAUGUGAUACCAUUUUGCUUGAUAGAAAUGGAGAUCAAAUUGAGUGUCAGAGGGAUGUAACCUGUCCUUCUGGCUAUUAUCGUGAACAGUUGUCAGAGGACCGUGGUAUUUUUCUUACUGGUACUGUUUUGUGUCAUUCCUGUCAUGAGCUUUGUGCAACAUGCAGUGGGCCUUCAGUUAGUGAUUGUGUUCUAUGCUCAUAUAUCAGAGGCACUAAUGGCUCGUGUGUUUAUCAAUGUGACCCAAUGAGAGAAACUGUUCCACAGAAUGGUAGUUCACAGUGUAUUCCAGUUAUUGGAACAAUAGGUACCCUUGAUCCUACAGGUGCUAUUGUAUCUAUUGGAGCUGUGAUUGGGUCAAUAUUUGGAGGGCUUGCAUUAAUCUGUCUAACAGUUUUGGUCAUUCUAAUUUUAGUCCUUCUUUUACUCAAAAAAAAAUAGAAAAUCUAUUUAUAUUG